UGGAAGGAGAUGGAUAUACAGGUUAGUCACGACGAUUUCUACAACAUCCGCGGCGAGAAGAUCGAUACGUUUGUGCAGUCUGCGGAGACGAUAGACAACAAGGCAGAGUCGUCCCAGGGGUACACGCGAAUCUCGGCGCAGGAGGAGGCGGCCAAGUAUUUGGAGAUGAACGAGAAGUUUGAUUUCUUGUUCCAGAACGAAAACUCGAACCUGCGAAGGCUGCGCAACGGCGAGGGGGGCUCUGACGAGGCUGUAGACGAGACUACUGACGAGACGAUCGACGAGACGAUCGACCCGAGCGCGACGCAGCUCGAGGAGCAGCUGUACUCGACGCGCGCGAUGCUGACGGAACCGCAAAAAGUGGCGUAUGCUGCGCUGGUCAAGCUGAUCAUAUUCCGGCUGCACCUCGACCUGUCGCUGCUGCGAGGAUCCGGUUCGUCGAGCGUUUACAAGAAGAUCGCUGUGGCGCAGAAAUCGUUCACGCGGUGGAGCAUGGGGGUCAUGGCGCAGCUGUACGAGCAUCUGGACAUCAGGGAGGGCGCCGAGCGCGAGAUGAUUGAGAAACUGAGCUGCCACGGCAUCGAGGCCAGCGACCUGGUCGGCUGGCUCAACACGAACCUCACGCUCGACAACAAGCUGCGGCCCGAGACGGUGCAGACGAUCGGCGUCGACGCGUCGGAAUCGACGCUUGACAUCGAUAUCCGCUGGACGCUGAUCUGCGACCUGUUUCUGAUCCUGCUGGAGUCGUCAACAUACGACGCGCGGUCGCGGACGUUACUGUUGCAGUUUGCAGCGUCGAUUGGGCUCGAGCAGCUGGCGGUGUUCCAGUUCGAGCGCCGCAUCACCGACGCGCUUGAGAUGGAGGCCUCGAUGGCCCGUCUCAACAACUCCCAGGUCUGGGACGAAAAGGACAUCCUGGCAGAGCACAAGCGCAAGUACCGCAAGCAGAAAUUGGUGAAGAUCGGGUUUGCAACCGUGGCCGGAGGGCUCGUGAUAGGUUUGAGUGCCGGUAUGCUGGCUCCGGUCAUUGGUGCCGGACUAGCUGCUGGGCUCACCACGGUGGGAAUUGGCGGCACCUCUGGAUUUCUGGCAGGCACGGCAGGCACCACCAUCAUCACGUCGACGGGGGUUUUGACCGGCAUGCGGAUCGGCAAUAAGGGCAUGGGACGACGCGUGGGCGCCGUCAACACGUUCGAGUUCAAGCCGCUGCACAACACGGGGCGAGUGAACCUGUUACUCACGGUGAGCGGGUGGAUGUCGGGCAAAUUGGACGACGUGCGGCUGCCGUUCAGCACAAUCGACCCUGUCAUGGGCGAUUUGUACUCUCUGCUGUGGGAGCCAGAGAUGCUCACGAGCAUGGGCCAGACCAUCAAUAUUCUGGCGUCCGAGGUGCUCACGCAGUCGAUCCAGCAGAUUCUCGGCAGCACGGUCCUUAUCACGCUGAUGGCAGCCGUGCAGCUGCCAAUGAUGCUCUCGAAGCUCGGCUAUCUGCUGGACAAUCCCUGGAACGUGUCUUUGGACCGGGCCUGGAGCGCAGGACUGGUGUUGGCAGACACCUUGCGCCGCGGCAAGCUGGGUUUCCGGCCCAUCACGCUUGUCGGGUUCAGUCUUGGCGCGCGGGUGAUCUACAGCUGUCUUUUGGACCUUGCCAAACGCGGCGACUAUGGCCUUGUCGAGAACGUUUAUCUGUUUGGGUCGCCGUUUGUGGUGAAGCAGGACCAGGUCGCGAUGGCCCGGUCGGUUGUGAGCGGGCGUUUUGUCAACGGGUACUCGAAGAAAGACUGGAUUCUGGGAUAUCUGUUCCGUGCAACCAGCGGUGGUCUGAGCCGUGUGGCUGGUCUCUCGCCCGUCGACGAGGUGGAGAACUUCAACUGCUCGGAGCUGGUCCAGGGACACAUGGAGUACAGGAAGGUGAUGCCGAAGUUGAUGAAGGAGAUGGGGUGGGAGGUGCUGAACGAAGAGUUUGUAGAGAUCGACCAGCCAGACGAGGAGGAAACCAAGCGGCAGCGGAAGCUGGUGCACGAUUUUGAGGAGGCGGCGAAAACCCACGAGGGACGCAAGUCCAAGAGGUGGUACGACAGGCUGUUCCGCAAAAAUAAUAAGCAGUGGUGGGAGAUGUACGAG